GAGGCGGCCCCAGGCCCGGCCCACAUCCCCGGGCUCCCGUAGGGCGGCGGGCUGGGCCGCGCAGGCAGGGCGGGCGGCGAGCGCGCUUACGUGAGGCCGGGGAUUCGCCGGCCCACGCCAGGCCGCGGGCGGAGAAUGAAAGGAUGAGAAAAUUGACCAGAUUUGAGCCCCAUCCCUGAUUCCUCCCAGAGGCAAUGAGUGAUCUCUCCGCUGCAUAAACUACCCUUAACCCUUUCAAAUAAAUCAGACAAUCUGCUUCUUCUUGAUUGAGCAGCAUUCCAAACUCUGGUACCCCUGGGCUCUCUUCACGUGGCUGUGGUGCAGAAGAUUUAAAAUCAGCUGAUGUUCACAAGGAAUAGAGUCACGUGAUGUAUGAAGGGAAACAUAUACACUUCUCUGAGGUUGACAAUAAGCCCUUGUGCUCAUAUAGCCCCAAACUGUGCAAGCAGCGGCGACUCAACGGCUACGCUUUCUGUAUCAGACACGUUCUGGAAGACAAGACUGCCCCGUUCAAGCAAUGUGAAUAUGUGGCCAAGUAUAACAGCCAGCGCUGCACCAACCCCAUUCCCAAAUCAGAGGAUCGCAGGUACUGCAACAGCCACUUGCAGGUACUCGGCUUUAUCCCGAAAAAAGAGAGGAAGAAAAAGAGUGACCCGGUAGAUGAGGUGAAGGUCAGGCACCAGAUGGACGCCAUGGCGUUUAGCCUGACGGUACCUACCCUGGCCUUGAAGAUGCCUAAUGGACUGGAUAGCAUGUCCCUCUCUCCACCUGGGGCAAGGGUUCCUCUCCACUACCUGGACACUGAGUUGGAAGACCCCUUUGCUUUCAACGAGGAAGACGAUGACCUAAAGAAAGGGGUGACUGUGAGAAAAAAGUUGCAGAGCAAGUUGGCUCAGAACCGGCAACGCCAGAGAGAGACAGAGAUUUUAAAAGUUCGGCAAGAGCACUUUAGCACCCCUCCUACACCUCCACAGCUGCACACCCACCUGUCACCUCUAUCUACUUCUUUAAAACCUCCAGCGCCACCACAGGGUUCAGUCUGCAAGUCACCUCAACCUCAGAACACCAGCCUACCAAUGCAGGGAGUGGCCCCCACCACACACUCUAUAGCACAAACAAGGCAGGCCUCUCACAAGAGGCCUCUGCCCCUCCUUCCCUCCAGUCGAGCUCCCAUCUCAGAUGCCCCCAGGACUGACCGAAUCCUCAUGAAAGCCACCGCCUUCUCUCCACACUUGGCUUGUAUAAGCCGCCUGCAGAGACUGGUGAAACUGUGUACCCAAAAGCAUCAGCUGGACGCAGACCUGUUUCCUCAUUUAGGGUUGGACUGGUCUGAGGAGAGUGGAGAGGAGUUGGAGGACUCAGAUCAGGCUUCGCCAUACCAGGUCGCGUGGUCCAUCCGAGAAACCCUCAGACAUGAAAGACACACGUCAGAUGACGACGACAUGGAGAGCAGGAGCUCCAGGGUGACCCAACUUUGCACUUACUUUCAGCAGAAAUACAAGCACCUCUGCCGCCUGGAGCGGGCAGAGUCUCGACAAAAGAAAUGCCGGCAUACAUUUAGGAAGGCGCUGCUGCAGGCGGCCAGUAAGGAGCCCGAGUGCACUGGCCAGCUGAUCCAAGAACUGCGGAGAGCUGCGUGCAGCCGAGCCAGCCUCAGGCAGACCACGUUGAAGGAGGUGGAGCCAGCAGCAUGCAGUGGAACAGUGAAGGGCGAGCAGUGCACAAACCAGGCCCUUCCCUUCGCCAGACACUGCUUCCAGCACAUCCUCCUGAACCGCUCUCAGCAGCUGUUCUCCAGCUGCACUGCCAAGUUUGCAGACGGACAGCAGUGCUCUGUGCCAGUGUUUGACAUUACACACCAGACGCCCCUGUGUGAAGAACAUGCCAAAAAGAUGGAUAAUUUCCUGAGAGGAGAUAACUCCCGUAAAGUUCAGCACCAGCAACAGAGGAAGCCUAGAAAAAAAACGAAGCCCCCUGCACUUACCAAAAAACACAAGAAGAAGAGACGACGUGGACCUCGUCGACCCCAGAAACCCAUCCCCCCUGCAGUGCCCCAAGGGAACCUCAGCAUGCCCACCAGCGUCUCACUGCCAGUGGAGGCCUCACAGAUGCGAAGCCCUUCCACGCCAGAGCUGAGUGCUGACGAGUUGCCGGAUGACAUUGCCAAUGAGAUCACUGACAUUCCACAUGACUUGGAAUUGAACCAGGAGGACUUUGCAGAUGUCCUGCCGCGGCUGCCGGAUGACUUACAGGACUUUGAUUUUUUUGAAGGAAAGAAUGGAGACCUCCUCCCGACCACCGAAGAAGCUGAAGAGCUUGAGCGGGCCUUGCAAGCUGUAACUUCUCUCGAGUGCCUGAGUACAAUUGGGGUACUUUCCCAGUCAGAUGGUGUGCCCGUUCAGGGGUUGUCAGAUAGAGGAAUGGGGGUGUUCUCCACGGGUACUGAUGCUUCGGGGAUCCAGUCCUUGAGUCGAGAAGUAAGCACGGACCUAGGGGAGCUACUGAAUGGACGUAUAGUGCACGAUAGCUUUUCUAGUCUAGAGCUGGACGAGAACCUACUCCAUUCUGCUACUCUGUCUAACCCACCUACACCCCUGGCAGGGCAGAUCCAGGGGCAGUUCUCUGCCCCAGCCAGCGUUGGCCUUACUUCUGCCACUCUGCUCAGCCAGAGUGCACUUGGGGAGAGAGCCUUCCCAGGACAGUUUCAUGGACUUCAUGAUGGCAGCCAUGCCUCCCAGAGGCCACAUCCUGCCCAGCUGCUGAGCAAGGCAGACGACCUUAUCACCUCACGACAGCAAUACAGCAGUGAUCAUUCACACUCCUCACCCCAUGGAAGCCAUUAUGAUAGUGAGCACGUGCCGUCGCCCUACAGUGACCAUAUCACCUCUCCCCACACAUCUUACUCUGGUGAUAAUAUGGCAGCUACCUUUUCAGCAGAGAUGCCCAUCAUGGCGCAGCACUUGCUCCCUCCCCAGCUCGAGGUGCCACUUGGAGGAGUGGUCAACCCCAGAACUCACUGGGGGAGUCUCCCCGUCAACCUUGGCGAGCCCUCUGCAUUUAGCAACCUCCUUGGCGCGGAUGGACACCUUCUUUCCACUUCCCUCUCCACGCCACCCACCACGUCCAACUCAGAGACCACACAGCCUGCCUUCGCCACCGUAACCCCAAGCAGUUCCAGUGUGCUUCCGGGGUUACCACAGACCAGCUUCAGUGGCAUGGGGCCUUCUGCUGAACUAAUGGCCUCCGCCUCUCCCAAGCAGCAACUCCCGCAGUUCAGUGCAGCCUUCGGCCACCAGCUGAGUUCUCACAGCGGCAUUCCUAAGGACCUGCAGCCCAGCCACAGCUCCAUAGCCCCUCCUACAGGCUUCACAGGAACCGGUGCCACGGCCACAAGUACCAAUAAUGCAUCUCCCCCCUUCCCCACCCCUAACUAAGCGAGUCUGUACUGGCAGGCAGGUGGAACCCCGUGUUUUCUAUCUUUGUUUCCUCUUUUGCACCCCUCUCCCCUUUUCCUACAGAAGAUUUAAAAAUGACAGUGGGGAUUAGAGGGCCGCCCCCUUCCCCGUCAACAGGUGGCCGUGCAGUGGACCUGGCGUCAGUUCACGCGUGCUCCUUAGCACUGGUGCUCAUUCCCUCCGGCCUGGCGGCUCGCUCGCUCGGCCUGGUGGGUCGCUCGGCCUGGCCGGCUUUUUGGUGGCUUAGCACGGUGACUGGGUAGGAUUGAUUAUUUUAUUUUUUAUUUUAAUUUUAUUUUUUUUUAUUUCAGCAAGUCCUAGAAGUGGAAGCUACCUCAGAUUACAGUGCCCUUUACUGUCUCCUAGUGUUGAGAUAUGCUUCCCAUUCUCUAGCCAGGUUUUCCAUAGACUGUUCUGGAUGGAGUGGUCCUGUUGAGACCCCGUGUAGCAGGUGCUGUGUGGACACAAAUGGAAGCUCUGACUUAGCACCAACUGCCAAACACUGCAGGGAGGCUAAGAUGCCCUUCCUAAUUAUGAUAUGUUAGCUGAAAAGAACAUGGUCUCUUAACUGCCUGUGCCUGCUUGUUCACCCUGUGUGUGUUGUGUGCAGUGCAGUAGCUCUCUCCUUGUGGCUUGUCUUUCCUCACUCCCAGAAUAAACAUAAGGCCCUUCCCCCUUCUCCCGUCUCAUACCCAGCAAGGUUCAUCCUUCUUUCCUACUGAGUUGACUAAAGCAUCCUGAACAGAGAGGGGUGGUCUCGGAGUGAUAGCACCUUGCUAAGAUCAGCCUGUGAGAAAAGGAGCCCCAGAAGGCUGAGCUCACAUCAUAGGAUAGGGAGUGUCAUCACACCUGACCUCUCUUCUUCCAUGUGCAUUUGUUUCAGAAUCCCCACUCAUGGGACACAUUUGUAGGUAGUAAUGAAAGAAAAUGUUUUGGUGUGCAAAAGCAGGCUAAACCAGAUAGAUUUGAAAGAUGACAUCUAGGCCUGUUUGGUCCAUCAUUGGCUCCUAUUUUUUACAUGUUUACAGUUGUGAUUCUUUGGUGAGGUUUGUGUACUGUGGAGGACAUGUGUAGAAUCCAUGUACCAGUUGUGAAGUGAUGUGUAAUAUCGGAAGGACACACAUUUUAAUAAUUCUUUCAAAGCAGAAUUUGGAAAUUAGACAUAAUUUGACUUACCUUAGGUACUUUUAAAAUAAUUUAAGUACUUAGGAUGAAGUAAAAUUGGAAAUUUUUUUAGCAUACCAAGAUUUUUAGGGUAGAAAUCUUACUGGGUAGUGCAGUAAGUUGGUGACUGUGGAGUGAUGUGAAGGUUUCCUCUUGCCUGCCUUCCCCUCCGAGCAGGGAGGAGCUUCAUUUUCUGCUCUGCUCUGCUAAUGGUUCACUCUACCUUCAGAUACCAUUAGGUGUUUAUACCUGAGCUCAACCCAAUUUACAUUUGUAUAUUUUUAAGAGUGAGGCAACAUCUCUCAUAGUGAUGUGGUACAGUAAUUCUUUUGUCAGGGACUGUCUAAUCCUAAUUCUUUCCUGUUAGGUAAAGGUUGGGACGUGUUUUCCUACUUCUGAUGUAUGUGUUCUUUAUGCCAUGCUACUUCUAACGAGGCCCUUCUGUUGAGGCUUUUCGUUCUCUGCCUUGUGAAGGAAUGAUGGUGAUCAGCAGGCAUUCUGCAGAUACUACGUGCCUGAGCUUUUGGAGGGGAAGCUUUUUUUCACAUGACAGUAUGAAAUCAUGAUUUGCCCUAUUGUAUUUACUGAAGUUGGGGAGGCAAAAUAUGUUUGUAUUUACUUUUUUUCCUUAAGAAUCAUGUUAAUUAUUUGGGACACUUAUUUUUAAUAGCUUUGCCUUUUUUGCAGAUUGAGAAAUUCCUAAAUUAUAAAUUAUGACACACGGCAAAAUUAUAUUUAGUAUCACCAUGGAUUUCUCUUCUGAACUGUGAGAACAGCUUUUUGACUGCUUGAUCUGUGAACCUAUGUCAGUAGCUUUUUCACUUUAGUACGCAGUAAUGGGGUGAGAGUGAGUAGUGUCAUUUCGUUUGCUAGGCUGUUCUCAUGACCCACUAGGAUCAUCACUAGAUAACUGCAUUCCCAGGAAAUGCAUUUUGUCUCCAGUGUACAUCAACUGAAGACUGUAGCAGAGUCGCACUUGGACUUCUCCUUAUCAGCUCCUCUUUGCCAGGGAGAGGAAAGUCAUGAGUAGUCAAUUUGGACUGUUACUGGCUAUUUGUCCCUAUAUUAGCUGCUGAAAAUUGUUUAGUUGUCAAAACUGAGUUUGCAGUAGGUUGCACCUUUUAUUGUUUGCAAUUUUCUGUUUUAUGUGCAUUUAAAAGCCCUUCUUUGCUUUCGAGUAAGGAGGCAUGAAGUGAUCAGGAAUGUUGCCAGUUACAGCUUCACGCCAAAAAUAUUGAGUAAGCUCCCUUUUGUUUAGAUGCCCAUGAUGGCUGCUGAAGGGAGGGCAGUCUUAGAAGUACUGAUAACGACUGAAUGCUUAGCAAGAAGCACACUUCCCCUCUGCUUCAGAACAAACAUCCAAGCAUCAUUUGCUUUUCUCUUGCUUUUUUUGUGAGUCCCCUGUUGGAAGAUUAUCUGUCUCUAAGCCCAGAGGUGUCUGUCCACUUUGUCAUCACUCUAGUUGUUGAAGAAAUUCUAGUCUCUCAAUAGUAGGUGGGUAUUAAUAUGCAAAAAAAAUUCAGCAUCUUUUAUAAUGCUUGUAUGAAAACAUAGCAUUUAUGGUAAGGCAAUACUGGAAUCAAAAACAAACCCUACACAGGUCCUAAUGGGGCAGAAGCUAGUUUUAGUGUAGUAUUCAGUAUGAGAGAGACAGUAACAAAGAAGGCUUCCUCUGUCUCUGCAGGUUUUGGGACCAUUUAUAAAGGCCAGUUCGUUGUGUUACUGUGAUUUACCUUGUGAAGUUGCUGCAGUUAAUGACCGCAUGUGUGCUCUGAUGAUAUGGAUGUCAGCAACUGUAAUCCCUGGUGCCUGAAGAUGGGCUUUCUCUUCUUUAAUUGUUAAUGUUAUUUUAGGAAUCGUACUCAAGAGACUUUUUUUUCUUCUGUAAAAAUGGCUUAGCAAUUUUCACACCUAGGUAGGUUUCAUAGCUAGGGAAUAAUUGAGGACAGUAAGUGGCAGUUACAGGUAGCCCACCAGGUGAUAGACUAUGCAAUGGGCAAAUCUUGUAGUUACCAUCACAUAGCUGAAAAGCAAAAGUGAGCCUACUGAGUGAGGUAUUCCUGCUUAUAAAUGACAAUAGUUCCCUGUUGGCACAUUAUGUGGUCUGAUGCCCCUCUGUGAGAAGAUUAUAGUUUGAUGAGAAGCAGAUAGUCAUUGGAGAUGGAGUUGAGAAGUGAAUAUUUUAUAUUGUCAAAUAACUAUUCAUAAGAUUAAUCUUUUAAAGUAAGCCAGACUCUCACAUGGAGGUCAGGGAAUCAUCCCCUUCUGCGAGUCACACUAAAACUCUUCUAGAACUCAUGCUCAGUCCUUGCUCACAGUCUACAUGGCAAAGUCAGUUCUUUGUUUAGGAAGGGAGCCAUGUCCAUGCUUGCUAUGGGCAUCCUGAGUGUUGAGUUUCUUUUAUAUGAAAGAACAGUUUUCUGUGGGCUUGUUGCAUGGCUUCUAUAAGCUGGCAUUAGAGUUGAGUCACACAGAGGUGAAACCCUUACGGUGUUUCCUUGAGCCUGGCCUGCCGCUUUGCUCUGGCAUCCUGAGUGGCAGUGGGUGGGUGGGUGGUUGUAGGGGGCUUCCUCUGCAGUGACUGAAACCACUGCCUUCCUCUAGCACAGGUCUGAGCAUGGUUGUGCAUUGUUUUGACAUUGCAGAGUGGGAGUGAGGCUAUUAACACUAAACUAUUUAAUAGGUUUGGAGUUCAUUACAAUUUUAAAGCAUUUACUUUUUAGUCUCCUUUUUAGACUUAAAAAGAUUAAAUUCUGUUCUUUAUCUGACGUGUGUAGGAUAAUCUAAUACAGUGGUUUGUUGAAUGGUCACCACAACUCUGCAGUGUAAUGAGGAAACUUAGAAACAUCUUUGAAAGAGAAUUUAGUUGGAGUGAAUGAAUGAUCUCUUGUAUUUUUUCUUUACUGCUACCCACAUUGGUCUAUGGAUUCUUCAUGUCAAAAUUAUCUCGUGGGAGACAGUCACUCAUGAAAAGACAUAUUGUUUUUUCCCCUUUCAACAAAUAAAAAAAUAACUGACUUUUCCCUGAAAUUCAGUAAAGAAGAAAAAUAAUGACUUCCUAAUAUUUUGGCUUCUUUAAGCUUUCCUAUGUUAUUAUAUUCUUGUGGGAACCAAAAUCACACUUUAACUAAAGCAGUAUUUUAAAUGCAAUCUUUUAAAAUGUUUAUAAUACAGUAUCUGUGAAAAGCAGAGGCAGAUGUCUGUUAAGUGUUUCCACUGGCCAGUGAAUUAGGAAGGACAUUUCUGGGUCUUAGUGCCGCCUCUUGUAACGCCCAGUGUCAUGGAUGCUGCAGUUGUGGGUAAAUGUAGGAGCCUGUGGGUUUUCACUCCAGACUUUGUUCUUGCCUAGCUUCCCCUCUGCACUGUGGUAAGGAGCAAGUAAAAGAGAUGUGGCAUUUCAGAAAUUUGUCGUUACUUUAUUUACCCUGUGUUCCUGAGUAUCAGGAAUGUUUUGAAUGGUUUGAAGAGCAGAUCCAACAUGAUCUUUGGCUGACCUAAAGUUAGUCUGGAAAGCAGUCUGCUAAGAUAAAAGCUACUUGACUCUUGGCGGUCAGCUGGGCAGCAUGCUUUCUUCUCCCCGUCCCCUCUGCCCUUUGCACUCUCAUCCCCAGUGCUGCAAUGUGCCCGUGCACACAUGAGCCGCACUCAUCUUGGCCCAAGAGUGGUAGGAUCUUCUUUCAUUAGUUUUUAUUGUUUUUCUUAUGUGUUUGUUUGUUUGCUUUUUAAGCUGGGGACCAUUGACCUAAUCCUAUAUGCACCCCAAGCUCCCCAUGGAAAAGUUCAACAUGCAGGACGGAAGGCACCAGUUCAGCUCAAGGCCACACCAUCCCUUUCCUUGGGGACUUAAGCUGAUUUGCCCCCAAUUGACUCCAGCCUGUAUCAUUUAGUACAGGUGGCUCCAGCGGGUUAGUGUUAACACGGUGGAGAGCUUGACACCUGCUGACAGUGUGUGCCUCUGUUCCAAAGGGUUGAAUCAGUUCUUCUCAACAGUGAUAGCUCUUCUCACUGUCUAGUGUUGAGUAUGUCUCAGGGAUUCCUUGCGGAAAUUAGGGCAGUUUUUAAAAUAAGAAAAUAGUUUUAAAAGAAACUAAAGGUGACUCCUCAUUGAUGAGAGCUCCAGAAAGAGAAAGCGUUUGGUCUCAGCCCCCGUGGUGUCUCACCGAGGACUUCUUUCUACUUCAGGCUCUCAUCUCAGCUUCAGCAUACAGAAUCCUUUCCCAUCAUGCACAGCUUUAAAACUUUUAUUUAAAAACUUCCUUCCCCAAUGAGCUUUCAGAAUACUUAUUGUAGAUUUUAAGAGAAAAGGUAUAUUAAUUUAUGCUAUUAACAUCACCUCAUAAAUUAUAAGUUUUAUACUAAAGCUGUAUUGAGUGUAAUGAAUUAUGUUGCCUAUGUGUUUUAUUAGCUUAAAAUUAUAUAUGAGCUCCUUUUUAUUUUUAUUUCUAUUUUUAUUUUUUGACAAAACAAACUAGUGACGCACCUUUUUACACUGGAUCUCUGCCGUGUCAAGGUGUAUAGCCGUCCUUUGCUACCUUGCAGAUAUAUAAAGAAAAGGAUAACCUGGGGCCUCAAAAUGUAGAACACCCUUAGACCAUUUAUCAUCAUUCAUAGAGCUGUUGAGAAUCAUGUCCUUUAGCACAUGAUCUGCGGUUUACACUUAAGAUGGCUAGACACUUAGUUACAGGGUAAAUAGAAGCAAAUAGAUCAAGUAAAACCCCACUACUGUAGCUGGAAUUUGUAAACUUAAGUUUUUAAGAUCUCUUUUAUUUCCUAUGGAUUUAUUCUUUAAUUUACAGUUUACUCUGUAAGUUGAGAGCUAAAAUAGAGAAAUUAAUAGAUCUAGAUGUUCUCAGUCAUUCAGGAUCGUUUUACCCCCUCCUCACUAAGGAAUUCCCACUGUGACUUAAAAAUAGAGGUAAAUUACUUGUGUGCAUGUAUGUGUCUGUGUUUUUACACACAUGCAAAAAAUAUACAUCGGGGGCACGUGUGUGAGAUAUGAAUGUGUGCUUGUAUAAAAAUAGAAAGGUAACCGAAUGUAUUAUAGAGAUAUGAUUUAUUUAGCUGAGGGUAUUAGAGUUAUUUUCCCAUUGUUUCUAUUUUAUAAACAUGCCAUAUUCUUUGCUAUAUUAUGUUCAAAGGCUAGCUCUGAUAUCACGUGCAUUUUCUAUUAACCUUUGGAUUAACUUAUGCUGUUUUUAAAGUAACACAAGAAAAAAGCGAAUUCUAAGACCAGCCUCAUAGUUAUAAGCAUAAAAAUGCAAAAGAGAGAGAGAGAGAGAGAGAGAGAGAGAGAGAGAGAGAGAGAGAGAGAGAGAGACAGACCUAGAUACAUAACAGCUCAUUUAUCUUUUGAAGUGAUGGGACCAGAGAUUUGUUGAAACAUUAUAUCUAGUAAAUUUUUCUUUAUAUUCCAAUAUAAUAAAGUAGUAUGUUUUCUUGGUCAAGUUCAGAAAACGUAGGCCUUGAUAAGGAAGCUUUGAAGGGGCUACUUGUUUAAGAAGUUGGUGGGCUCAUUUCCCCAUAUAUAUUUCAAAGCUGGUAGAAUUUCAGUUGUCAGCAGACUCUUUUAUGAAACUGAAUUGUGCCAUUGGUCAUGGAGUGGAACAACCCAGCUCCGUCCUCUGGCUGUGGGAAAAUCAUGCUACCUUCAGUGCUUACCUGAGUCAUGCAGAACUAAAAAGAAAGACACAUUCCUGUACUGGGAGCUUUGUCACUUGCUGUGCACUCUUUCCUGGAGCACCUGGUGAUCAGAGACAGGCAACGAGAGCCAAGCGCCCCGUCACACAUACUUUAAUACUAAAGCUCUGUACUUAGAUACGCCAGAACAACUCCCAGGAACACACUUGAAUUGGCAGUUGUCUUUGGGGCCUCAGUUACUUCACCUUAGAUUCAGACAAAACCCAGGAAGCUCUCCGUGUUGUUUUUUACACUUGUGUUUUUGUAGCAUCUCCCUGUUUCAUUCUCUCUUGCUUUCAUAUUUUAAGAAAUCUGCAUACUUCUUGUACAUAUGCAUGCAAAUGAAAGAAGGGAGUUUGUACUGAUGCCAUUUCUCCCUUCAGUUGCUGGUUAAUGGAAUUUGCUAGAAUCAAUUCCCCCUAUUGAAGGGUGAAAACAGACCCUUUGUUUAUAUCUGUACAGAGAUGUGUAUAUGGGAUGUGGUGGCACUUUGCUGAAUGUGAACUUGCCUUGUCAAUGGAAAGAUUGAAAAAGUAUUAUGUUUAUUUAUACAUUUGUAUAAAUCUAUAUAUACACGUAUGUAUAUGUGUGUGUAUAGAUAAAGCUAUAUACAUAUAUUUCCCUAAAAAUGUGUGUGUAUAAUAGAUUAACAGCCUUUGCUAAGCAAGAUUAUGCAUCUGUGGGAAAUUCUGGGUUAUUCGGCAAGCCAGUGGAGAGAACGACAGUGUAGAGAACAUCAUCAAGCACGUUGAGGUGGGAAUCCUUUGGAUUACAGUCACAAUUACAGAUUACAGUGGUCACAAAUGAAUCUUUGUCUGAACUCUUCUUUCUCAGAUUUUGGCUAGCUAUUCUCUCAUUAUCUAACAAUCACACAUCUUUGCCAAGUUGUCUAUUGUCCAAGUGCUGGAGAUCGACUCCUGAGGUGGCCUGUGUUGGGCAUGUGCGGAGCCAUGUUCCUGGCCGAUGUUCCUCUUUUCCUAUUUAGUUCUCUCACUAGACACCUUGGCAUGAAUAUCUCAGCUGUCACUCACAGGCCUUAUCAACGACAUUUCCUCACAGCAUACAGCUUUCAGUAAUAUUUUCUUUUAAGAAUUGGAUAGUCAUCAAAAAUAAAAAGCCAACAUUCAAACAGGUAGUUUUCAAUUUUUAACCUAGGUAACUUUGGAGUAUUUUACUUACAUUGAAAAAAAACGUAAUUAUGACUUUAUGUUGAUAUUAGUGUUAGGUGUAUUUCCACACUUAUUAUCAUUUAAAGAGUUUGAUUUGCUUUGUGUUUUAAAUAUAAAUUUACAAUUUGAAUUUUAACAAAGUAUACAGAGUCAUAUGGAAGCCUCUUGAAUUCUAUAACUGACUCAUGUUUCUCAUGAUGAAAUGCUCUAAUGAGUUCUUGUGUAAUCAAUUCUGCUAGAUUUCCUUUUGACUUUCCUCACAGUUGUGACAUUCAGUUUUAACUCUGCUGCAGCUCUCUAGAAAACUUGCACCCUUAUAUAUCGUGCCUUUAAAGCUCUUAUGCACACACAGAUAGAAGUGUAUAUAUACAUGCUGGCGCAUGUGUACAUAUACUUUGGUAUAUACUCACACAGUAUGUCUCCAGGAUAUAUUGUGGGAGUGGACAUAGAGAUAUUCAAAGGCAAUGAAAUGUUGCUCUCUAGAUAUAUAUGUAUAUAAAUAGUGUUGAUAUAACUGUACAUACACAUGUAUAUGUAUGAUUUCUAAAUGGCAAUCUUUUACAUUUAGCAAAAUGCUGCCCUACUGGAAUAUUGCCACCACAAUGGCACUUGUAUGUAAUGAUUUAAAAGACAUUAUCAAAAAUUAUUUAAAGAACAUUAAAGGUCUCAUCUAAAGACAGCCACACACUAUUUAUUUAGCUUCUUAUUCCUUUGAUUGUUGUAUCUGUUUAACUAUAAGGGAGACUGUCAUUUUAAAUCACCACCUGUGUACGAGAUAGGAGAUUCAUCGGGGUGCUUUGUAUCCCCCCCUCUCUGAAACAGUGAUGUACCACAAUCCAGCUUGUUUAAUCUCAGUUUUAAAGCAGUCCUAGUAUUACCAUUAGUGUGUUUCAUCUACCAUGUCCUUGAUCAACUUAAUUCACCAAUUUGCCUCUUCCUUUCAUUAAUAAAUAAUGAUCGCUUCGAUCAUUUUGCCUGGGGGAAGCUAACUCCUCUCUUGCUGCAGGGAAAUCGAUCAUCUAGCUGUUCUGCCUUCUUCCAAAUUCACCGUGGAAACAAGAUGCUUCUCAUAAUGCUGUCUUAAACAUAGUUUAUUUUGCAUUUAUUUAAAGAUCUUGCUUUUUUUUUUUUGAAAGAACUCUUAAGUUGCACAUACUUGGCACAGAUUUCAUUCCCACUGCCCUUCCCUACAAGAUAUUUUUUUCAUUGGUCCAUCAGUUUUCCAUACCAAGUGCAAGAACAUCAAGACAAAACUGUUAGCUACUGUUAUGUUUGUGAAGAGCCGGCAGCAGAUGACACGUGGAGAAUUCAGAGGGAGAGAAAGGUAGCCGUAGCUGGAUAAUGCUGAACCCUAUGAAGUGGAGAGUGGAGUAAGGAUACUCCUAAGGAAACAUUUCACAGAGUAGCUCACUGGAAACUGAUAUCAGAAUCAGCCUUUAACAGCCUCUUGGCAGAAGGAUGGUACUAACUAAACAGCGUGCCCAAGUGUAAACUGAAACCAAGUUGCAGUGGGAAAUCAAAGGUAGGAGGUGGCCAUUGGAAACCAGGAAAGGGCAGGCAGGCUGACAGUCUAAAUCAUCUUUUAACAAAGUAACUGCACGGUAGCAAGGACUAGAGGGUCUCCUCAUCCACCUUGGCACACUGUAUGCUCCAUACGCCAUACUUUCAGGACAUAGGCAGGAGGACAGCUGCUUAAAGGGGACUUACAAACCAAGCACCUUCUCGUGUCUGUGUCUCGGCUGCCACUCAGUUUCAGCCUGCACGCCGGGAGCAACUAGUUUCUGCGGAAUACAAGGAGGCUGGCAGGCUUUGGAAAGGCCGAGCCAUGGCACUGGGUGGGGUUUCGGUUGGGAGGACACAUUUGGGGAGAAGACUGGGCUUUGGUUUGUGAUUUCCCUUUAAACAGGAAGAGAUGGUUCAUAUUUUCCAUAUAUAUAUCUCAAUGAAUGUACUGUAUUACUGUUUUAAAAAUUUGAUGAAAUAAUAACAGAUUGGUCUCCUUUUGUUAUCUGGUCUUUGUUUAAUUUGUUUAAGGGUUUUUGUAUACAAAAGUUUACAUUUUUAUGUAUAUUUUUCUUGUGUAAAAACUGAUGUAAUAUGUGUAUAAAACACUUGUAUGUAUUAUCUGUAUAUAGUGUGACAAAAUGAUUUUUCUUUCUUUUGGAUGUAUUAAUAAAUCUUGCUGUGAAGUAA